UAAAUAGCGCCCUAAUGGGACACCAAUAAAUCAUUGAACAGUACAGGGAUAGAUAUUCUAGGCACUAGCUUUGUCAGAGACCGAUGGGAUGAAGUACUGGAAGAUAAAUGAACUUACCAAAACUGCCCCUUAUUCCAGCAAGUCGACAAAACCAUGAAAACAGUUAAGGUGAUUAUUGCUUCUCUUUUGGUCUACUUGGUACUUAAAGCUGGAAUAAUAAAGGCGGGAAACCUAGCUCUUCGCCAGUCCACCAAAUCCUUGAAUAUAUGGGAAGGCAGAGCACCUCCUCACCUCGCUGUGGAUGGGGUAAACAUGUCGAAUUUUUUCACUGGGUCUACCAUCUGGUGCUUUGGGACCUCCCCAGACCCUACUCACGGAGGGUGGUGGCGGGUGGACCUCGGACGGACCCACGUGGUGGACGAAGUGUUUAUCAUAUCAAGGGGGGAUUGUUGCCCAGAAAGACUUGCGGGACUGGAAGUCAGAGUUGGAGACAGCCUGGUGAAUAACGGCAUAGAGAACCCCAUGUGUGGAAGUAAGAUAACCACGGGACCUAUCAGCAAGCCCAUCUACUGCAGGCCGGGUUUGCGAGGUCGCUACGUCGUACUUUACAUCCCUGGAGUGAAUAACAGACUUGAGAUAUGCGAGGUGAUGGUCAACUUGAACCCAUCAGCGAAUCUAGCAUUGAACAAAUCUACUGCCCAGUCCACUACUGAUCAUUCUGGUGAUGCUUCACGAGCUGUUGAUGGGAACACUGACGGGGACUAUGGUAGAGGAAGCUGCACGCAUACACAGGAUCAACCAAAUCCCUGGUGGCGCGUGGACCUGGGCAUUACUCAACCAGUCUCAGAAGUGUUCUUGGUGAAUCGUGCAUCAGGUUCAGAAAGACUACACAAUGCUGAGGUCAGAGUUGGUGACGAUCUGACCGAUAACGGCAACACCAACCCUCUCUGUGGAGACAUGUUCUCCAUGGCAACACUGCAGAAGCUAUCCAUCUACUGCAAGCCGAGAAGAUCGGGACGAUAUGUGAACGUACGUCUAGUGGGAGCUAGUAUGGUACUCACCCUGUGUGAGGUGGAGGUGUACUCCGAGAGCAAAGCUGUGAUCCUCAACAAACCCCCACCACCGGAGGUGCCUGAAAUCUACGACAUUGAAGCUACGUUUGCAAACUUUACAUGCCCCGAGGCGUUCGGGUACCCUGUGCCAGAUGUAGCCUGGGUACUUAAUGGCAAAGUUUACCAAAACGGUUCUAGUCGUCAUUUUCGGACACCAGCCUUGGAGGGGGUGGCGUAUGGGGACUUGACAUUGGAGUGCAUCGUGUCCAACAAACACGGCUCUGACUUCUACCAGUUUCCUGUGAAGCAUCUCAGUCACCUCAUGAUGUGUCGAGAUCACCAGACCAAAAAUCAUCCCACACGAGCUGCCACAUAUAAAGUCACAGGGAGCUAUAGCAACGACGGUGAUAUCAAUGAGACGGUAUGGCGGCGAUACGAAGCGGAGUCAGCACCCAUGCAGCUCGCCGAGUCGUGCGUACCUACCCAUCGCUGCAACACCAAGGCCACCGGAUGGAUGACGGAACCUCAUCCCAGCGCCCGCGAUGGCGUGUUACAGCGGACAGUGUGUUUUCACUGGGACGGCGAUUGCUGCCGUUAUCAGACUCAAAUCUUUGUCCGCCGUUGCCAUCGAUUCUACGUGUACAGACUUAAAGCGCUGAAGUUUGCUGUGGAGGCAAGAUACUGCACUAGAGCUCUUAAGACACCAUACGAUGAAAGCAUCUUGAUGUCCCAGUACAUAUCACCAUCUGGUCACGACAACUACGCGUUACCACGUCACGCUGUCGCCAUAGAGCAAGAUGUCACGGUGGAAGAUUGCGUUAUGUUCUGCAUGCUGGAUCGCAGGUGUCAAUCACUAAACUAUGUCACAAGAGACAAGACUUGCGAGAUCAACAACUCGACCAGACACGAGAGCGACGAUGAUGUUACACCAAGAGCAGGAGUGCUUUAUUACGAGCCUGUACAGUUUUUACAUGUCAACGAUUAGUUGCGUGUGGUGUCAGUGAUAAUGGGUUUUGAUGUCAACGAUUAGAAGCGGGAAGUGUACGAUAGUAAAACAACCCCAGAAGGGUAUGUUAGAACCCCAAGAGGGGAUGUUAGAAGUGCUCCACUACGAGGCUAAAUGGGUUAAACACGCUGAAAAUAUUUACGUCAUAUCAACAAUGCGUGUGGUACACGGGCCGUAGUGGUGCCAGUAGUAAUGAUGAGUGAUGCUUGCGCUGUUAACACGGGCCGUAGCGGUGCCAGUAGUAAUGAUGAGUGAUGCUUGCGCUGUUAACACGGGCCGUAGCGGUUACAGGAGUAAUGAUGAGUGAUGCUUGCGCUGUUAACACGGGCCGUAGCGGUUACAGGAGUAAUGCUGAGUGAUGCUUACUCCGGUUACACGGGGCGUAGCGGUGCCAGUAGUAAUGAUGACUGAUUUAGAUGCUGUUUAAACUGGGCGCAGCGGUGACUAUCGCAGAAAACAAUGUUUUUAAUUUUUAUUGACCACAAUAAGCAGGUAAAUCAGACCUUUCCAAUUCUAAUCUUUACUUCACAACUCAACUUUUUAGAUUUUGGUCAGAGCUUAAAGCAGUAAACCGACAAAUUCGCUUUGAACUCCUUUUUAAAUUUAAAAGCUUUUUAAUCAUCAAAUCAAUAAUGGAUAAUUGUUAAACAGAAAUUCCUUCUUUAUUUAGUGGGAGUGAUAUAGGGAAUUCUAAAUUUCACCGAACAGCGCAAAAGUGGCCCCAAAUGUGUUAUAAAUCUUAAACGUGUAAAUAAUAGACAGCUACAAGUACUACUGUACGUCACGUUGGAUUGAAUCUAUUACAUUUUUAUGGAAGAAUACUUGCAUAAAGUAACAACUGCGUAUGUUCUCUCUAUUAACGGUCAAUGAGCCGGUUCAAAAUACUCAUUGACAGAGCUUGAGUUACUUGUGCUUCGAUGACCUUUUGCGUUUCGGACACAUAUUUGGCAAGCUAAUCUUUUGAAUUUUCUUCGAAACCACAUGCCAUUUUCACUCCUUGGUUUAGACACCAUUUAUUUUUAUCGCUAUCUCAUUUUAAGGAAAAUCUUGUAGUGACAGGCCCUUUGAGCAUGCGCAGUUCAGUUUUAAAACUUAAUCAUUAUUCUAUCUUAGAGUUACCUUGACUUCAUUGAUUCUUUUGUAAAUACGCAGGGACGAGAGACCAACUCUGUGAUUUCCCACGCCCUUGCGCUUUUGGCUGAUUGGUUCGUUUUGCCGAAUGUAUCCAAUUCUCCCUAUUUAUCUCCUUUCAUGUGGGACAUCCACAUGGAUUGCUGUCUGGUCCUAGCGUAUAAAUAUAGCGACCUUAGUUCUGUUGUUUUGUUGUUAUAUUGUGUGGUUGCGACUGUGAACAAUUAAAGAAUUGGAAAUACCA